AUGGACAUCAGGUACGACCCAGCCCACAUCAAGGGCAAGACCAUUCUCAUAACAGGCGGUGCCUCGGGGUUCGGUGCAGCAUUUGGCGCCCGGUGGGCAUCUUCCGGAGCCACCGUCAUCCUCGGUGACAUCAAUCCGGUUGGAGAAGCAGUCGUCGCACGAAUGCGCCAGGAGACGCAGAAUUCGAAUGUCCAUUUCAUUCAGAUGGAUGUCACAUCUUGGACAUCACAGCUGAACUUCUUUCGCGAGUCUCUUCGGUUAAGUCCCCACGGGGGAAUCGAUACAGUCGUUGCAAAUGCGGGCAUCAACGAUCCCCAAGAAGCCCGUGUCUUUGAGAGACCAAAUGUCGAUUAUUUGAAUGAUCCCAGUCCCCCAGCUCCAAGCUUCAAGACGCUUGAUAUCAACAUAACCGGUGUGAUGUAUACGGUGCAUUUGGCGUUGUACUUUUUACCGAAGAAUCCCGGUUCGAUACCCUGUCAGCCAGGAUCCGCUCCCUCCGAAUCGGCGAGAGACAGACAUAUCCUGCUCCUGGGGUCCGUUGCCAGUUUACACCCACUCAUAACGCAGGUGCCCUAUACCAUCUCCAAGCAUGGCGUGCUCGGAUUGUUUCGGUGUUUGCGAGUUACAGCUCCCAUCAACGCUGGUGUUCGUGUCAAUAUCAUCUGUCCAUACUAUACAGACACUCCAUUCAUGCAAGCACCUGUCAGGGGGCUUUUGGCGGGAGUUCCACUGGGAAAGCCUGAGGAUGUUGUGGAUGCGGCUUCGUAUUUAGUGGCCGACGCGAAGUGUAUAGGUCGCUCACUGGUUACUGGGCCAAAGUUAAAACUCGAUGCAUCGACUGGGGAAUUGCUCCACCAAAAUGGCCAGGAGUUGCAAGAGGGUCCCAUUUGGGAAUGCUACCUCCAUGAUUCGGACCCAGCUGAUAUUUUCACGCAACGGAUGUUGACAGUUGUCCAUGCUGCGGUCCGGGCAAAGGGAUGGUCUAAUUGGGCGUAUGAUAUGGCUGGUGCAUUGACGUGGCCCGUCCGUCAAUGGUGGAAUUCAAGAUAA